AUGGCCAAGGAUACUGCCUCGUCCCAGUCGGUCGACGAGCUCAAUGCCUGCGUAUCGACUCCCAGCGGCCAUCGCCCGGCCAGGAACGAGACGACGUUCCGGGAAUGGAUAGUCGCCAAUCAGAUCGAUCGCUCAUGGUUCUUCUUUACAGGCAUUUCCCUGACGAUCCUGGCGACGCUGCUGGCAGUGCACAAUCUAUAUCCCUCCCUGCGAUCCUAUACGACCCCGUUCUUCGAGAUGUCCUACUACCAGCCGAGCACGGGACUCUACAUCCAUGGCAAAGACGACAUUUACUUCAUCAUCAGCGCCAUCCUCGGCUUCACCGCUGUUCGCGCCAUGUUCAUUGAUUGGAUCUUUCGCCCCUGGGCGAAGAGGGCCGGUUUGAAGAGGAAGGCGUCGAUGCGGUUUGCGGAGCAGGCCUGGCUGCUGGUCUACUACGGUACCUUCUGGACUUAUGGCAUGUACCUCUGGACCAACUCCAACUACUGGGACAGCUUCAAGGCGAUCUGGUCUAACUGGCCUGCGCGGGAGAUGACGCCCCAGAUGAAGUGGUAUCUGCUCAUGCAGCUGUCGUUCUGGAUCCAGCAGAUCUUCAUUGUCAACAUCGAGGAGCGGAGAAAGGACCACUACCAGAUGCUGACACACCACUUGAUCACGAGCACGCUGCUGGGUUCCGCGUAUAUCUACCGCUUCUACAACGUCUCCAACGUGGUGCUGUGUCUGAUGGACAUUGUUGAUUUCCUGCUGCCGGCUGCCAAGAUCCUCAAGUACUUUGGCUACGAAAUGUGCUGCAAUGUCGCGUUCGGGGUGUUCCUGCUGACGUGGUUUAUUGCGCGCCAUGUCAUCUACCUGUCCCUGUGCUGGUCGAUCUACCAAGACGUGCCUGCGCACAUGGCGUAUGGCUGCUAUUCGGGCACGACGGCGGAGAUGCUCACGACCGAUGGAUACCCUGAUCGCUGGGCACAUCUGUUCUCGCCGUACUUCAACCUGGACGGGCCGAUCUGCAUGAACCGAGGCAUCAAGUGGAUUUUCCUGUCGUUCCUCCUGGCGCUGCAGGUGCUGUCCUUGAUCUGGUUUGGAAUGAUCAUCCGCGUGGCGAUUGGAGUGAUUCGUUCCGGAAACGCCGAAGACACUCGGAGCGACGAUGAGGAAGAGGAAGAGCCCGAGACGGAGGAGGCGCCGGGCGUGGUGGUGAGCAAGGAGACAUCGCGGGUGGUUGCCGACAGCUCCGGCUCGGAGGCAGCGUGGCGACGGUCGAAUGGCUCGGUGCGGACCCGUCGGGGAGGCGUUCUUCGUGACCAGAGUGAUCGGAAGGCCUUGCUGGGAAGAAUCGGCUGUGACAAACCGACAUGA